AUGAACACUCCGGCACAAACGAACAGUAACCGCAAGAUGAACCAACCUGCUGACAUUAAAUACCAAUUUACGAAAACCAAAAUUUGCAGACACUUCCUAGAAAACAGAUGUAUGAAUAAGGACAACUGCAACUAUGCUCAUGUGCUGGAAGAAUUAAGACCUCUACCCAACUUAGAAAAUACCAAGUUGUGCAAAAGCGUUAAGAAAAAAAUCCCCUGCUGUAACCCUAACUGUAAAUAUGCCCAUAGAAUUGAAAAGUUGCAACCGAGUACUGACCUGGCUACCUACAAAACUACUCUCUGUUAUUUCUGGAAAAAGAAAAAAUGUAUGAAUCAGGAUAAGUGCAGAUUUGCUCAUGGUAUUGAAGAAAUUAGACCUUUACGAAUCUCAAAGGAAGGGAAAACCGAAACGGAAUCUCUUCCCCUCUCCGACCUUUAUUCCAGUUUAGGCACACAACACCACGGGCAGAAGGAGAAUCCAACCUUCAGACGAACAAAAGAGGAGGGCAUGUUGCCUGGUAAAAAAUGGGGCAAAAAGUGGGGUCGAAGCGGGGGCAACAUGUGGGGAAGAGAUGCAAGCAGGAGUUGGGGCAGGCGUCAAGGCAAAACGUGGGACAAAGAUGGCCGCCAAGUGUGGGAAGCCCGUAGAGACAUACUGAGGGAAGACCGUAGAAACAACCUAUUCGAAGAGUCCAGUGACAGUAAAUGGAGCAACGAACGAGACAACAAUCGAAGCACCGAGCAGACGGAAGCUCCAAAUGACGAACGGACGAACCAGAGACAGAGACAGAACGUCCUAUUCGAAGAAGAAAGGGUUCCAGAUAUCCUGUCCAACAUACACCUAUUCGAGAACAGCCCAGUGAUGGAAAAUGGUUUAUUCAGGCUGAAUGAUAAUUUUUUAAAUAUGUGUAAUAGAGUGAACCUCGACAUCGACGCGCUUUACGACACCCAGGGAAAGACUUAUUCUAGCGAAUACGAGCAGAAGGAGUCGGAAGAGAACAACAGUUGGGAGGACUCCAUUUUAGAUAUGAACUUUCUGAACUUGGAUUACCUUAACGAUGAGGAAGAAGUUUCAAAACAUGAAUUAUUUCGGGGAAGUGGCCUUGACAUUGAUCUACCGAACCUCCAAGCCCUAAGUAUGAGAGUAAAUGAGGACUCACACAUGCGUAGAAGUUAUGACGAAAAUAUGUGGAGUAAAGAAGAGGAAAUGGUUAACAGAAACUAUGGCGUAAGAGAAGGGAAUCAUCCCGAAAUAAGCCAAAAUAACCAUCAUAAUGUGUUUCUAGAUACAAGUUCAAACGCAUGCGAAAAUGUACGUGUCAAAGGUCCGAGCCGCAAUAACCAACAAAACAUGGAUAAAAGUCAAGGCACAAUUCCCAACCAACCUAACAUCUUCAAUGAGGAAUCGAUCGAAGAUUUAUUUUCAUUUGGUGCUACUUCCUCCGAGCAACUGUUCAGCCACUCUGAAUUUUUUGCCAAAUGGUGUAAAAGUAUAAAAGAUACAAAUUCGAAAAAUUUUAAUAACUUAUGUUUAUUCUAG